AUGCCCCGCUCUGGGCUCUGUGGCUGCUGGGGCGGCCGCGUGCUGCCCCUGCUGCUGGCCUACAUCAGCUACCUGCUGCUCGGUGCUGCUGUCUUCCAGCUGCUGGAGAAGCAGGCGGAGGCGCAGUCCCGCGACCAGUUUCAAUUGGAGAAGCUGCGCUUCCUGGAGAACUACACCUGCCUGGACCAGCAAGCCCUGGAGCAGUUUGUGCAGGUCAUCAUGGAAGCCUGGGUGAAAGGCGUGAACCCGAAAGGCAACUCCACCAACCCCAGCAACUGGGACUUCGGCAGCAGCUUCUUCUUUGCAGGCACUGUGGUCACCACCAUAGGGUAUGGCAACCUGGCACCCAGCACAGAGGCAGGGCAGAUCUUCUGUGUCUUCUAUGCUCUGGUGGGGAUCCCGCUCAACGUGAUCUUCCUCAAUCACCUGGGCACAGGCCUGCGUGCCCACCUGGUCACGCUGGAGAGGUGGGAAGACCAGCCCAGGCGCUCCCAGCUCCUGCAGGUGCUGGGCCUCACCCUGUUCCUGACCCUGGGGACGCUGGCCGUUCUCAUCUUCCCGCCCAUGGUCUUCUCCCAUGUGGAGGGCUGGAGCUUCGGCGAGGGCUUCUACUUCGCCUUCAUUACCCUCAGCACCAUCGGCUUCGGAGACUACGUUGUGGGUACGGACCCCAGCAAGCACUACAUCUCCAUCUACCGGAGCCUGGCGGCGUUGUGGAUCCUCGUGGGCCUGGCAUGGCUGGCACUGAUCCUCCCGCUGGGGCCCCUGCUCCUGCGCAGGUGCUCCCAGCUCUGGCUGCUCAGCAGGGGCCUUGGCCUCAAGGACAGAGCCUCCCCAGACCCUGCGGGGCUCUCCAGACCUCAGAAGAUCCCCAUCUCGGCCUGAGCGCCACUCCCCCAAGUGGCCCCAGA